AUGAGCUGUGAGGAAUAUCGAAAUGACUUAUCUGAAUGGUCUGAAUGCAUUAUACCGCAGGGUGAUCUUGUUCAUGCAAUUACCAGUUUCUUGAGAAGUGUUAAAGACUUCGGAUGUAAACUUCCUCCUCGGAAAAUUAUUAAGCUCGGACUGAAUUUUCUGCGCAACAAUUCAAAGAGCUAUUUGGAGCAUCCACUUUAUAAAAGAAUCAGUGUUCAAAGCUGCGGUAAAUGUGGUAGACGGAUUCGGUGCUGCAAGAGGUCAAAAUCAUUUUUAGCACAAGCUUAUGAGUCAGAAGCCUGUUCUGCAGCUGAUGCAUCCUGUAUCUUUGAUCCACUUUCAUCUACCGAUAUACAACAACUCAAGGAAAUUUAUCCAAAAGUAGCGGUACCACUGAAUAAAUGUGAUGUGUCAAGUUACGUAGCAGAAGAACUGCAAACAUUAAGUCAAGGACCGGCAUAUAAAUAUGUGGAACCACUGUUGUGCCAGAUUUUAGGCACCAGGAUACCCGCCGUAAAUUGCGUACUAUUUGGUGAUAAGUGCCAUUGCUGUUGCUUUUCAUACACUCCACAACGUGAUGGGAGAUGCCAUUUGAACAGCACUGAUAUCGGUUCAGCAACACAUUGUCCUUCACAAAUAUGA